GUAAUGGAGGUUUUGGAAAUUUUCUGGCAAAACUUCUGGCAAGGAUUGUGGCUAUCUCCGGCGGCCUCACACCAAUAUGACAGCACCACUGCGUUCUACACACUCAAAGCUAACUCUCAGAAGCAAUUUGGGAAGAAAUGGUGAAGAAUUGGGUAGGAAGAGGUGGUCCUUAUAUAGCCUUAGUGAAGAGGAAACAGACACGGUGAUGACCUCCUUUCGACUGUUUCGGAGGCUGAGUGGAGUGGGCUGCUAUCUUCUCCGAUUCUAAACUUUUAACAUCAAUUUAAUGAUUUAUGAUUCUUGGUUCUUCAAGCAUGUCCAACACAAAACGCAACCAAACGACCGUUUAUGAACAUAGAAACGAUCUAUACAAACAUUCUAGUCAUUAGAUAUAUCUACGGGCUUACCUCGAAGCGUAAUGGAGGUUUUGGAAAUUUUCCGGCGAAACUUCCGGUUGAGAUAGGGGAUACUAAGGCCACCCGGAAGUUGGACAUGGAGUUCGUUGUAGUGGGGAUAAUCUCCAAUACCAACAUCAUUCUGGGCAGACCCGGAUUAGAAGAUUUGGAGUGUGUCAUCUCACCUCGUCACCUAUGCAUAAAGUUCCCAACUCCCCAUGGAGUUGGAAUUGCCAGGGGAUCCCAGAGGGUGUCCCGGGCGUGGUAUUUGAAGGCAACUAAACAGCCUAUCAAAUACGACACCCAAGUGGGGGAGGUGACCACACAUCUGUUAAGGACUGAGGAGAGACGUCCCAGAGUAGAAGUUGCAGGAAACAUUGAGGAGGUUGAACUGGAGCCGGGCACGCCGGGAAGGUUGGUCACAAUUGGAAAGGACCUGGGGGCUAAACUCAAGUCGCAGGUGAUCUCUGUUCUUAGGAGGUUCAGGAAGGUCUUUGCAUGGAGUCCAGCUGAUAUGCCAGGGCUGGAUCACAAGAUUGCAGUCCAUCGCCUCAAUGUAUUGCGAGGUGCUAAACCGGUAAAACAGAAACGGAGGCAUUUGUCGCAGGAAAGGAGAGAUUUCGUGAAGAAGGAGGUAGCAACCUUGCAAAUCAUUGGACACAUCUGGGAGGGUGGAAAAUUCCUCGGGCAUAUGGUUAGCCGGAGAGGGAUUGAGGCAAACCCGGAAAAGGUUAGGGCCAUCAUGGAGAUGGAACCACCGAAGACGGCGAAGGAAGUCCAGCGGCUGACAGGGAGACUAACGGCUUUGAAUCGUUUCCUUUCAAAGCUGGCAGAGAAGGCGCACCCAUUCUUCACUAUAAUCAAGAAGAGGGCGACCUUUAAGUGGACGCAAGAAUGUCAAGUAGCAUUCGAAGAGCUGAAGAGAUAUCUGGCAAGUCCCCCGGUUUUGUCCGAACCGGAACCCGGAGAUGUCCUGACCUUAUACUUAGCGAUUGCAGAAUGUGCCAUCAGUACUGUGAUUGUGAGGGAAGAGAAUGGGGCCCAGCAUCCGGUCUACUAUGUCAGUAAGACCUUGAGAGAUGCAAAGUUAAGGUAUUCCCACCUAGAAAAGGCCAUGUUAGCGGUCUUCUGGACGGCAAAGAGAUUAACCCCGUACUUUCAAGCUCACCAGGUUGUGGUCCUCACCAAUGAGCCUUUGGCGUCACUUACCCGAAGCCUGGCGGCAUCUGCCCGGAUUACCAAGUGGGCGGUCUUCAUCAGUCAGUACAAUGUGGAGUUCAGGCCGCGUCCAUCAAUCAAAGGGCAGGCGCUCGCCGAUUUUCAGGUUGAGUGUACCGCUAGGGAGAUGACAAGAGCCCGGGUUGAGACCCGGGUAGAAGAUGAUUGGUGGGUGAUGAGCAUUGACGGAUCUUCUGGGUCCCGGUCCUGUGGAGCAGGUAUUGUUCUGAUUACUCCGGAAAAUUUCUGGAUAUACUACGCUAUCAGAUUUCAGUUCCGCGUGUCCAACAAUGAAGCUGAAUAUGAGGCCCUGAUCAAUGGACUGAAGAUUCUCCGCAACCUAGGGGUGUCCAGGGUUCAGGUAUAUAGCGACUCCCGCUUAGUUGUAGGACAAAUUAGUGGAGAGUUCGAAGCAAAUGAAGAAAGAAUGAAGAGAUAUCGAGAUUUGUCUUUGGAAAUGUUGGGAAGGUUAGCCAGAUACAUUGAGGAUGGCGUAGCCCUAGAAGAUUCCCAAGAAGCACGUUUGCUGCGAAUGAGGGCACCCACCUACAAGGUGCAGGAUGGAAUCCUUUAUAAGCGGUCUUACAAUGGUGUUUUACUCCGAUGUCUUAGGGCAGCUGAGGCAAAAGCGCUUGUGGAAGAAAUACAUGAAGGAGUGUGUGCCGCACAUCAAGGCCCAUACUCUAUAUCUAGAAGGGCGAUAAUCCAGGGAUAUUUCUGGGCAACGAUGAGGAAGGAUUGUGAGGAGUAUGUGCGCAAGUGCCUAACUUGUCAGCAGUUCCAGAAUAUGCCCGGAAGGCCGGCCACAAACUACACGCCCAUCAGUUCGGUAAUCCCUUUCUCUAGGUGGGGAAUCCACAUUGUGGGCGCCCUGGAGAAAGGAGUUGGACAGGCAAGAUGGAUAGUGGUGGCCAUAGAUUAUUUCACCAAGUGGGUAGAGGCUGAGCCACUUGCGGGGAUCACAGGGAAGCAAAUGAUUGACUUCGUGGGAACCAAUAUGCUUUGUAGGUUUGGGGUCCCAAAGCAGAUUAUAUCCGACAAUGGAACCCAGUUUGAGGAGACGGAGUUCCAGGAUUUCCUCAAAACUUGGGGGAUUCAGCAUACAAAGGUAUUUGUAGCCUAUCCCCAGGCUAAUGCCCGGGCACCAGCUGAGACGGUGAUCCCAACCAGGAGAGAGAUGGAAUAUGAGCCGGAAGUGAACGAACAAAAUCAGGCUAUAGAGCUGAACUUCGUAGAGGAACGAAGGGAUGAAGCGCGGAUCCGGGCAGAGAAUUACCGUCGCCAGGCUGCUGCCCAUAUGACUGCUGAGGGGAGGGAGAACCCUGGGAGGAAGGCCUCACACAGGAGACCAGCCGGAUGGCUCUUGAAUGAGGAUUGCGUCUCUUCUGUGGGCGGGAUGUACCAGGACAGCCAGAAGAGACUUCCGUCUUGGCACCGUCUGGGAGCACGCUGGAAUCCGGGAGAAUUCCCCUUGAUCUUUGUUGGGGAGGGUGGAGAUGGUUCUCCCCCCGGGGCAAGGGAGAAGUCACUGACUGUUCGGAGGCGAGUGAAGGCCCAGAAGAGAGUUCAGGUGUUGGGGCUCCAAGUGAGGGAAAUGCCAAGGAAGAAGAAUCGGAAAUAGUUAGAUCAAUAAAGACAACUAUGUUGG